AAGCAAUUGUCCAUUGAACCGAACAUCAUGGCAGAAGUAGCUCCAGCUCCAGCUCCAGCGGCUAAAGCGACCAAGAAGAAGGCUCCCAAGCCCGCGAAGAAGAAGGUCGGACCCAGCGUCGGCGAGCUCAUCGUCAAGGCUGUGGCCGCGUCCAAGGAGCGCAAUGGCGUCUCUCUGGCCGCCCUCAAGAAGUCUCUGGUCGCCUCCGGUUACGACGUGGACAAGAACAAGUCCCGCGUCAGGACCGCCGUCGUGAACUUGGUCACCAAGGGAACUCUCGUCCAGACCAAGGGCACCGGCGCUUCUGGCUCCUUCAAGAUGAACAAGCAGGCCGAGGGGAAGGCGAAAGCGCCCGCCAAGGCUGCGGCCAAGAAGACCCCCAGCAAGCCCAAGAAGCCCGCCGUCAAAAAGGCAACAGCGAGCAAGAAGCCCAAAACGGCCGCAGCCAAGAAGACGAGCCCCAAGAAGGCCGCCAAGAAGCCCGUCAAGGCUGCGACGCCCAAGAAAGCGGCCAAGAAGCCCACCAAGAGCCCCAAGAAGGCGGCGGCGGCGGCGGCGCCCAAAAAAGCCCCCGCGGCCAAGAAGGCUUCUGCUGCCAAGAGGAGUCCCGCAAAGAGGGUGGCCAAGCCCAAAAGUGUCAAGAAGGCAGCGCCGAAGAAGAAGUGAUUCAACGCUCCUCUCCACAAAAGGCUCUUUUAAGAGCCACCACAUUCCCAAAAAAAGAGCAAUGGUAUCCGUCGUAAACUUAUUGCUUAUUGAAUCGGUGAGAUCAUGAAUACGUGCUGAAGCUGAUAUGUGUCAAAACCAAUCUCACAGCAAUAUGAAAUCGCAAUUUUUAUUUUUUUUUAAUUAUUCACAUUUAGAACUACUUAUUACACACACUGAGAGCCUGUAGUGUGUUGUAAUGCCACUUGGCUGCAGUAGAGUCGGCAUUCCAAGGGGCACGAGUAGGCGUCCAUUGUCUUCUACGGUAGCACCCACGCAAAAUGGCCGAGCACCUCGGCCGUGUAUUCACAUGUGACACAAGCGCCGGACACUUCCAUUUACUUUAACUUAAUCACAUGAUCACUUUAAAGAGCCACGUGGAAAAUCAUGUAAUCUAUUCAUUUGUGUACAAAUGGCUGACACAAGACGAACAGAAACAUGUUUGAACGUAAACGAUUUCACCUUAGCUGCGUGUAGUCUCUAACUAUAUAACAAAGCUCUCUUGGACUCUUGUCUCUUCCUAGUUCCACUUUACAGACUCACUGAUCCGUGUGUCUGUAAACCUCCCUUUUCCCCCCUUCUACUUAGUGUGGACCCAGAUGCCACCACACAUUUUGAUCGAUCACGUGGUUUUAACAAAAACAAAAAAGAUGGGAAAAAAACAACAACAACAACAACAACUAUUUCACAAGCACACAGUUCACAAACCUUAAUGAUCUCUGGUCGAAACACCAUAUUAUGGUAUAUUAUAUUAUAAAGUGUGGGCUUGAAUAUGAAUAUGCACGUCAACUGUCGAAACCAGCAGACAUUCCAUUAGCUUGGUCCCUCUUUUGAUGAACUUCUUAAACAGUUGAAUAUCACUAUAACAUUGCGACAUGUUGCCAAUUUUGCACAUCUCUGUUUGAGACAUUAUUACGUGAUUACACUACUCGUUAUUGCAGCUUUGUCGCUCUGCGUUAUUUGCAUAACUCGCUCUUGAAGACUUUCUGCAUCAUUUGCACAAUUGCCAUUGUAUCAGCAUUACCACAUUACUCUCCCAAUGCUCAAUGACUCGGUACUUGUGCUCUUAUGACCUAAAUGUAUAAUUUGUGAUAGUGGCUAUUUGUUGUUGAACUACAGUGGACUACAAAUACCAGAGGCAAAUUCCUUGGGUGUUUUAACAUACUUGGCCAAUAAAGAUGAUUGUGAUUCUAUUCUGAAA